AUGGCUCCCAACAUCACCGUUGCCAAUUUGGCAGACCAAUUUCAGGAAUUCAAGGCGAAAAUUUCUACAAAUGUCACCACUUUGGAAACUCAGUUCACCAAAUUGAUGGCUGCUCAAAAGACUGAAUUUUCGUCCAUGUCCACAGAUAUUGCCAAAUUACAAGCUUCCGUGCCGCUGCUCGUCACCCACCUCUCAACCGUGACUCGUGAACCAUCCUCCACAUCUGCUGUCCUCUCUAGUUCGUGCACACCUUCUCUCCAGGCUGGUCUCCUUCCCAAUCCAUCUAAGGAUUCCAAGUUUCAAGGCCACCUGGGCCUUCCAUCAUCUUCUGCGGGGACAUCUCUGGUUCACUCUGAACCAAAUUUUUCCGCAGGAUCUGUACCUAAACUCCAUUAUACCCAACAUACGAUGGUUUCUCCUCUCGCGGAUGCCAUUAUCCCACCCCGACCCCACGAACAUCACGUCGUCCACCGCAACUUGGAUUUUGAGAUCGCCCGUCAUGCCAAGCCUACUGCCCCUGACUUCGAUGGUCGCGGGGAUCCUACUAUCUUUGUUGAUUGGAUAUCGGCUAUGGAAGAUUAUUUUGAAUGGUACGACAUGUCCGAUGCACAACGGAUCCGGUUCGCCAAACUUAAACUCGUAGGAGCCGCAAAACAGUACUGGAAGGCUACUGAGCAUCAUCUCCAACAACUGGGACAAACCCCUGUGAUUUUAUGGGAUGAGAUGAAAUUGAAACUCCGGGAACAAUACCUUCCAUCUUUUUAUCGUCACCAAUUGUUAGAUCAAUUAUGGACUCUUUCCCAGGGUACUUCAACAGUCCAAGACUAUUAUUCUCGCUUUGUGGAGCACAAAUUGCGUUCUGCCCUACAAGAAGAGUUGGCAGUCACAGUUUCUCGUUUUAUUCAUGGCCUUCGGAUUGAUAUCAAACGCGAGGUGAGUAGGUCACGUCCGGAUGUAUUAGAAGAUGCCUAUUGCCAAGCCUUGGAAGCUGAGGCCUAUCUACGACCACAACGUCGUUACCCAGGAUAUCCUGGUCAGCCUACGACCACCAACCACGCCCGCACUACCACCCCGGGUCUGAAGACUGAAUUUUCUGGACCAUCUAAUCCUACUGCGCCACCUACCAAAGGGCCGAUCGUCUCUAAUAAUUCCCACAUUGAAUGUUUCCAUUGCCAUGCUAAAGGACAUAUUGCCUCUCGUUGUCCACAACGCACAUUAACUAUCAGCGCUAGCACAGACGACCAUUGUGAUAUAGAGAUUGUGGAUCCUCUUGAGGGUGUGUAUGACCCAGAAAUUGACGAUUGUUUUGAGGAUGACAUACUCAAUCAGGUUUCUGUUAUGCGUUGUAUCUAUUCUGCACCUGCAUUGCCUGACUCCUGGAAACGCACUAGUAUUUUCCAUACCUACGUUCCAUGCAAUAACCAAACAUGUAAACUGGUUAUUGAUAGUGGUAGUACCAUGAACGUCAUCUCCAAGUCUGCCGUUACUCGUCUCAAUCUUAAGCCUGAACCACAUCCCCACCCUUUUCACGUAGCUUGGGUUGAUAAAACUAAACUCCCAGUCACUGAGCGGUGUCUUGUUUCCCUUAAGCUAGGGACCUGCGAUGAAGACAUUUAUUUGGACCUACUGCCUAUGAAUGUUGCACAUGUAUUACUUGGCAGACCUUGGCUCUAUGACCAUCGCGUGCAGAAUUGUGGUUGUGAAAACACAUACACUUUUCAACAUGAAGGCAAAAGUAUUACGUUACGCCCAGCCAAUCCUGCGAUCAAACCUACCAAGACUAAUAUUACCACUUCCCCUCCAUCGCAGACAGGCAAAGUGUCAGGUCCUCAGUUGGCUCUAUUAUCUUAUGGCGAAUUUGAGAAAGAAAGUUUGGAGACAGGAGUUGUAUUUGCUCUCGUGAUCAAAGAGAUAUCUGCGGCCCCUUCCUAUCAACAACCUGAACCUCUACAUCAACUCCUCAAUGAAUUCUCUGAUGUCAUGCCAGAUGACCUCCCAAACGAGCUACCACCCAUGAGAGACAUUCAACAUGCCAUCGACCUUGUACCCGGAUCACAACUUCCGAAUCUUCCUCAUUACCGCAUGAACUCGUCUGAACGUGCCGAACUAAACACGCAAAUUCAAGGUCUGUUGGAUAAAGGAUUUAUUCGCCAUAGCCUGAGCCCAUGUGCUGUACCAGUGCUUCUUACUCCCAAAAAAGAUGGCUCUUGGCGAAUGUGUGUUGACAGUAGAGCUAUUAAUAAGAUCACAGUUAAAUAUCGAUUCCCUAUUCCACGACUUGAGGAUAUGUUGGAUGAGUUGGCAGGUUCCAAAUGGUUUUCCAAGAUUGACCUUCGUAGCGGUUACCAUCAGAUUCGUAUUAGGGAAGGUGAUGAAUGGAAAACCGCAUUCAAAACUCCUGAUGGAUUGUAUGAGUGGCUUGUUAUGCCAUUUGGAAUGUCUAACGCGCCUAGCACAUUUAUGCGCGUGAUGACCCAUGUUUUGCGUCCUUAUAUCGGAAAGUUUUUGGUUGUAUACUUUGAUGAUAUCCUUAUCUACAGCCAUUCAAAAGAGGACCAUCUGCAACACCUCCGAACAAUUUUUCAUAUGUUACGCCAGGAAAAGUUGUUUGUUAAUUUGAAGAAGUGUUCUUUCCUUCAAGACCAAGUUUUAUUUCUGGGAUUCAUUGUUUCCGCAGCUGGCAUAAGUGCUGAUCCUGACAAAGUUCACGCCAUUGUAAAUUGGCCGCUUCCUUCAACUUUAACCGAGACUCGAAGCUUUCAUGGGUUAGCAUCUUUUUACCGACGUUUUAUCCCUAGUUUCAGUACUAUAAUGGCUCCUAUCACAGACUGUAUAAAGCAAGGUGAGUUUCGAUGGACUCAUGCGGCCACUCGAGCGUUUGAGGCAUUAAAACAGAAAAUGACAGAAGCACCUGUCCUACGCCAUCCCGAGUUGACUAAGGUUUUUGAAGUAGCAUGUGACGCAUCUGGUGUUGGCAUUGGGGGCGUCUUAAGUCAGGAAGGACAUCCUGUUGCUUAUUUUAGUGAGAAGCUUAAUGAGGCAAAGCAAAAGUAUUCGACUUACGACAAGGAAUUCUAUGCCAUAGUCCGUGCACUACGUUAUUGGCAAUAUUAUCUGUUACCAAAUGAGUUUGUCUUAUAUUCCGAUCAUCAAGCGUUAAGGUAUCUCCAUUCUCAACGUAACAUCAGUAGCCGCCAUAUUAAGUGGACUGAGUAUCUUCAGAUUUUCACCUUUGUGAUUCGACAUCGUCCAGGAGUUGAUAAUAAGGUUGCUGAUGCACUAAGCCGAGUAGGCGUUAUCCUUCAAUCAUUGACUGCACAAGUUGUGGGUUUUGAUAAAAUCAAAACUGAGUAUUCUUCUUGUCCAGAUUUUGGUCUCAUUUUUCAGGAAGUUACGGCUGGAAAUCGUCGUGAUCAUGUUGAUUUUCUGCUGCGGGAUGGUUAUCUCUUUCGUGGAACGCAGUUAUGCAUUCCCCGUACCUCUUUACGUGAUUUCCUUGUGUGGGAAUUACAUGCUGGAGGUCUAGCUGGACAUUUUGGUAAAGAUAAGACCAUUACUCUAGUUGCCGAUCGAUUUUAUUGGCCUUCAUUGAAGCGAGAUGUUGCUCACAUCCUAGCCCAAUGUCGCACCUGUCAGCUUGCCAAGGCUAGAAAGCAAAAUACUGGAUUAUACACUCCUUUGCCAAUUCCGCAUACCCCGUGGAAAGAUUUAAGCAUGGACUUUGUUCUUGGCCUUCCUAAAACGGCACGCGGCCAUGAUUCUAUCCUGGUUGUCGUUGACAGAUUCUCUAAAAUGGCUCACUUUCUGCCUUGCUCUAAAGCUGCUGAUGCUUCUUCCGUGGCCAAGUUAUUUUUUAAAGAGGUCAUUCGUCUGCAUGGGCUUCCUGUUUCUAUUGUUUCAGACCGUGAUGUCAAGUUUGUUAGUUAUUUUUGGAAGACCUUGUGGAAGCUCUUUGGUACUUCUUUAAAGUUUUCGUCUGCAUUUCAUCCUCAAACAGAUGGUCAAACUGAAGUGGUUAAUCGUAGUCUUGGAGAUUUAUUACGAUGUUUAGUCGGUGAUAAGCAGGGUAAUUGGGACCUCAUUCUUCCUGUAGCAGAAUUUGCUUAUAAUAAUUCUGCCAACCGAACUACAGGUAAAAGUCCUUUUGAAAUUGUUUACGGUGUGAUGCCACGUCCACCCAUUGAUCUUGCUCCCCUUCCUAUUGAUGCCCGUCCUUCGGAAUCUGCAACUACCUUUGCUGAGCACAUUCGUCGCCUACAUGAGGAGGUUCGUCAGAAAAUUUCUCUAAGUACGGACACAUACCAACUUGCUGCCAAUACUCAUCGUCGCAGUCAAAACUUCCAAGAAGGUGAUUAUGUUAUGGUUCGUGUUUGCCCUGAGCGAUUUCCCAAACAUUCUUUUAAGAAACUUCAUGCUCGAUCGAUGGGUCCUUAUCGUAUCCUUCGCAAGUUGGGUGCCAAUGCUUAUUUGGUUGAACUUCCUUCUGAUGUUCAUAUCAGUCCCAUUUUUAACAUAUCUGAUUUGUUUCCAUACCGGGGUACUUUUACUCCUCCUGUUGCGACUGAAAUAACCCAUGCUAUUGUUCCGCCUGCUGCUCCUCGCGUGCCUACUUCCCAUGCUGCUCCUACGGAUCAAAUCUCACAAGUCUUAGAUCAUGAAGUGGUGGCUUCAGCCCUUGGGGGGUUUUCUCGUUUUUUGGUUCGUUGGGUGGGACGUCCGGAUACAGAUGCUACUUGGAUUACUGAAGAUGAGUUUCAUCAGCAUGAUCCUUCUCUUCUCCGUCAAGUUCAAGAUGAUUUGGCAGCAGCUGAAGUUACUGAUGCUCGUCCUCCUAUUAUUCAUACCUACAGUCGGUAUGUUUCUGGUUCUCUCAUUCCUGCUAAAUAUGCAUAUGUUGGCCUAUCAGUUGCAACAACUGAAGGAUCCUGGCAAACAGAAAGCAAGGACUAUCAGUUUUGGGUAGAAACAGAUUACACCGGAAACUUCACCAUCAAGAAUGUUAUCCCUGGAGUAUAUGGACUUCAUGGCUGGAUCCCUGGUUUCCCGGGUGAUUACCUUGGCAAAGAACAUAUCACCAUCUCCGCAGGAUCACAAACACAACUUGGAAAUCUGACCUAUGUUCCCCCCAGAGAUGGUCCAACUCUCUGGGAGAUUGGCUCCCCUGAUCGAACAGCCAUAGGUUACUAUGUUCCUGAUGUGAACCCAAUGUUUAGACAAUAUGGCUUGUGGGACAGAUACACUGAUGUACACCCUCAAUUUGACCAGACCUUCACAAUAGGCAGCAGUAAUCCAAAAAAUGACUGGUUCUUUGCUAAUGUAGACAGGAGGGGGGCAGAUAAUAAAUACCUUCCAACAACAUGGACAAUCAAGUUCAACCUCAACCCUGUAACUACUGGCACAUACAAGCUGAGACUGGCAAUUGCUUCAGCAACCCGCUCGGACCUGAAAGCCCAUGUUAAUGAUAUGGAUAUAGAGCACCUGGUGUUUCAAGUUUUGAACUUGGGUACAGAUAACACAGUUUGUCGACACGGAAUUCAUGGACUCUACCGGCUUUUCAGCUGUGAUAUUUCGUCAUCAUUUCUGGUUAAGGGAGAUAACUCCAUAUUUCUUACACAAGCUAGGGGUGGUGAUGCACUCUGUGGAGUUCUAUAUGACUAUGUAAGACUGGAGGCUCCUGCAACCGCAGAGAGAUCUGAAUUAUCAACAUUGGCUUGA